CCCCAUGAGGUGAUGAGGGUGUCUGUGUCACUGUGUUUGUAUAAAAGCAUCUGCAACCUCCAAAGCUUCUUCAAUAUGCAAAUUCAACUCUGAUAUUUUUCCAAACAAAAACAAAAAUUUAAGAAAUCCCAAAAACAAAAAUAAAGAAAAAAGGCGGAAAAGGGGGAGAGAAAAAACAUUCACAGCUGUGUUUCAUAGACUAGUGUCUCACUCUUUCACGCCACUUUCUCUCUCCAAACAAGCAUAGAAUAAAGUGCUCCCAUACACACUCUUAAAGAAUCACCAAAAGUUCAUUUCUCUGUGUCACUCUUGCCCAACUUCACUAACAAAAACUAGGGCGUGUUUGGUUUCACAAAAUUAAAAUGCAGCCCAAUAAUAAUAAUAAACCCUCAUUUUUCAUAUUUAUGCUCUGUAUUUUCUGGGUUUUUUUGGUCUUGAAUUUAUCAGUAUUUGUAAAUGCAAGUGUUGGGUAUGACCAUAAAGCCAUUACCAUUAAUGGGCAAAGAAGAAUUCUUAUUUCUGGGUCUAUUCAUUAUCCCAGAAGUACCCCUGAGAUGUGGCCAGAUCUUAUUCAGAAGGCUAAAGAAGGUGGUUUGGAUGUUAUCCAAACCUAUGUUUUCUGGAAUGGCCAUGAACCUCAACAAGGAAAGUACUACUUUGAAGAUAGAUAUGACCUAGUGAAAUUUAUCAAGUUAGUUCAGCAAGCUGGACUAUAUGCUCAUUUGAGGAUUGGACCUUAUGUUUGUGCUGAGUGGAACUUUGGGGGGUUUCCUGUUUGGUUGAAGUAUGUCCCAGGCAUCAACUUCAGAACAGAUAAUGGACCUUUUAAGGCUGAAAUGCAAAGAUUCACUGAGAAGAUUGUUAACAUGAUGAAAGCAGAAAAAUUAUAUGAGACACAAGGUGGUCCAAUUAUUCUGUCACAGAUUGAAAAUGAAUACGGUCCAAUGGAGAAUGAACUUGGUGCUCCGGGAAAAGCUUACACGAAUUGGGCAGCCAAAAUGGCUUUGGGGUUAAGUACUGGAGUCCCAUGGGUCAUGUGUAAGCAGGAUGAUGCUCCAGACCCAGUGAUUAACACUUGCAAUGGCUUCUAUUGCGAUUACUUCUCUCCAAACAAGGCUUAUAAACCAAAAAUGUGGACGGAGGCCUGGACUGGAUGGUAUACUGAAUUCGGGGGUCCAGUUCCUAAGAGACCAGCUGAAGACUUGGCAUUUGCUGUUGCUAGAUUCAUACAGAAAGGAGGAUCUUUUGUCAAUUAUUAUAUGUAUCAUGGUGGUACCAACUUUGGCCGAACUGCUGGUGGUCCUUUUAUUGCUACUAGCUAUGACUAUGAUGCUCCUCUUGAUGAAUUUGGAUUAUUACAACAACCGAAAUGGGGUCAUUUAAAGGAUUUGCAUAGAGCAAUAAAACUUUGUGAGCCAGCUUUAGUUUCAAGUGAACCGGUAGUGAUCCGGUUAGGGAGCAGUCAAGAGGCUCAUGAAUUUAAGUCAAAAUCUGGAGCUUGUGCUGCAUUCCUUGCCAAUUAUAAUGCACAUUCUUAUGCAAAGGUGGCAUACGGGAAUAAACACUACAACUUACCCCCUUGGUCAAUUAGUAUUCUUCCUGAUUGCAAGAACACUGUCUACAACACUGCAAGGAUUGGAGCACAGAGUGCACAAAUGAAGUACACUCCGGUUUAUCAACACUUCUCUUGGCAAUCAUACAAUGACGAGCCAGCUUCGACUGAUGACAGUGCAUUUACAAUGGUGGGGCUGUUGGAACAAGUAAAUACCACUAGAGAUAUGACUGACUACUUGUGGUAUAUGACUGAUGUCAAGAUUGAUCACAAUGAAGGUUUUUUGAAGGGUGGAAAGGGGCCAGUUCUUACUGUAAUGUCAGCUGGUCAUGCUUUGCAUGUUUACAUCAAUGGUCAAUUAGCUGGUACCGCCUAUGGAAGUCUUGAAAGUCCUAAGAUUACCUUUAGUGAAGAUGUGAAUUUGAGGGCUGGAAUUAACAAGAUUGCACUACUGAGUGUUGCUGUUGGGCUACCGAAUGUAGGCCCACAUUAUGAGCGGUUCAAUACUGGUAUUCUCGGUCCUGUUUCUUUAAGAGGUCUGAAUGAGGGGAGGAGAGACUUGACAUGGCAGAAAUGGUCAUACAAGAUUGGAAUGAAAGGAGAAUCCUUGAGUCUUAAUUCACUUAAUGGUAUCUCCAAUGUUGAGUGGGUUGAGGGGAAAUUUCUUGCCCAGAGGCAACCUCUUACUUGGUAUAAAACUAGUUUCAAUGCUCCAGCCGGUAAUGACCCCCUUGCGUUAGAUAUGGGUGGCAUGGGUAAGGGUCAAGUAUGGAUUAACGGACAGAACAUUGGGCGUUAUUGGCCUGCUUAUAUAGCAAAAGGUUCAUGCAGCGACUGUAGCUAUGCGGGUUAUUUUAAUGAGAAGAAAUGCUUAAGUUACUGUGGAGAUGCUUCCCAGAGAUGGUACCAUGUUCCUCGAUCUUGGCUGAAGCCAGCAGGGAAUUUGAUGGUUGUAUUUGAAGAAAUGGGGGGAGAUCCAAACUGGAUCUCCUUAAUGAAGAAAGAAAUAAGCAGUAUUUGUUCUGACAUGAAUGAGUGGCAACCAAACCUAGUGAAUUGGCAUUUGAAAUCUUCAGGGAGGAUCGAAAAACCAUUGCGGCCAAAGGCCCAUUUGUGGUGUGCUCCUGGACAGAAGAUUUCAUCCAUCAAAUUUGCCAGUUUUGGGACGCCGCAAGGAUCUUGUGGAAACUACAAACAAGGAAGCUGUCAUGCCCACAAGUCAUAUGAUAUAUUUGAAAAGGAUUGUGUUGGUCAGGCAGGUUGUGCUAUAACAGUUGAACCUGAGCUAUUUGGAGGAGAUCCCUGUCCAAAUAUAAUGAAAAAACUAGCAGUUGAGGCAAUUUGCAGUUGAUAUGCCUAGCUGUUAUACCUCUUGCAAGUUGAAGAUGGAUUCUCCAAUUCUUUCGAUAUUUAAGUUCUGGUUUUGGCAAAGUUCCUGGAAAUAUCGUUCAUCAAUAUCAUUUCCAUUUCGGCUUUUGACUUUAGUGAAGUUGUACAAACUCUGCAGCACACUUUAGUCCAAAGCUUGUACAUAAACUUAGAUGUUUCCUCGCAUUGCUGUGCUCAAAAGGAGAGCCAAGGUUAAGAAGUUGAAUCGACUCGAUCCCAUAAGUCAGAGGGAGGGGGUUCUAGGCUUCUAGCACAUUGAGAUGAUAAUAGGAGUCCAUGUGCUAUACAUGUAUGUAUGGAUUAGAAUGUUUGUUUUACCCUAUUGUUCCUUUCUCAAGCUGAAAUUCCUAAUUGAGGCAAUUUUUCAUUGCUUCCAUUUUGUUGCAACAAUAUUAAUGCCUAAAUUAUGUUAGCCUCUUUUUCUAUCAA